GGGCUCAUAUAAGGAGGACGAGCCAGGCCUGUGAGCUUAGCAAUGGCAUUGGUUUGGCGGCCCUACCUCACCUUGGCUUUGUUCUUCAGCUUGGCAGCCUCUGGCUUUCCAAGAAGUGCUCUCCGGCUGUUAGCGAUACGGAGCCUCCCGGAAGGGUUGGGAACUAAUGACAUUGAGGUCUACAGUACCACGAUCAACUGCAAGGUGACCUCCCGCUUUUCUCACAAUGUCAUCACCACGAGGGCUGUCAACCGUGGACAUGAGGCCAAGGAAGUUUUUUUUGAUGCGGAACUGCCCAAGACAGGCUUCAUUACCAACUUCACCUUGACCAUCGAUGGUGUCACCUACCCUGGGAACAUCAAGGAGAAAGAAGUCGCUAAGAAGCAGUAUGAAAAGGCUGUGUCCCAGGGCAAGACAGCUGGCUUGGUCAAGGCCUCUGGAAGGAAGCUGGAGAAAUUCACAGUCUCGGUCAACGUGGCUGCGGGCAGUAAGGUCACCUUUGAGCUAACUUACGAGGAGCUGCUGAAGAGGCACAAGGGCAAGUAUGAGAUGUACCUCAAGAUCCAGCCCAAGCAACUGGUCAAAAACUUUGAGAUUGAUGUGCACAUCUUUGAGCCCCAGGGCAUCAGCACACUGGAUGCUGAGGCUUCAUUCAUCACCAAUGACCUCCUGGGGAGUGCCCUCACCAAGUCCUUCUCAGGGAAGAAGGGCCACGUGUCCUUCAAGCCCAGCUUGGAUCAACAGCGUUCGUGCCCAACCUGUGCAGAUUCCCUCCUCAAUGGAGACUUCACUGUCACGUACGAUGUGAACAGAGAAUCUCCAGCCAACGUGCAGAUAGUCAAUGGCUACUUUGUGCACUUCUUUGCACCUCAAGGCCUUCCAGUGGUGCCAAAGAAUGUGGUCUUUGUGAUUGAUGUCAGUGGCUCCAUGUCCGGUCUCAAAAUAGAGCAGACAAAGGAUGCUCUUCUCAGAAUCCUGGAGGAUGUGAGGAAGGAGGACUACCUGAAUUUCAUCCUGUUCUCUGGGAGUGUGACCACUUGGAAAGAUCAACUAGUUCAGGCUACUCUUGAGAACCUCCAGGAGGCCAGGACGUUCGUGAAGAACAUUUAUGACCAAGGAUUAACCAACAUCAAUGACGCACUGCUGAGGGCCAUCCACAUGCUGAACAAGGCCCAGGAGGAGCACCUGGUCCCCGAGAGGAGCACCUCCAUCAUCAUCAUGCUGACUGAUGGGGAUGCCAAUACUGGUGAGAGUAGACCUGACAAGAUCCGGGAAAACGUGCGAAACGCCAUCCAAGGCAAGUUCCCUUUGUAUAACCUGGGCUUUGGCAAGAAUCUGGAUUACAGUUUCCUGGAGAGUAUGGCUCUGGAGAACCAAGGGCUUGCCCGGCGCAUUUACGAAGACUCGGAUGCUGACCUGCAAUUGCAGGGCUUCUACGAAGAGGUGGCCAACCCACUACUGACCGGGGUGCAGGUGGAGUACCCUGACAAUGCCAUCCAGGACCUCACCCAGAACAGUUAUCAGCACUUCUACGAUGGCUCUGAGAUUGUGGUAGCCGGGCGCCUGGUGGACGAGGACAUGAACAGCUUUACGGCAGAUGUGAAGGGCCAAGGGGCUCUCAAUGAUCUGAUCUACACAGAGAAGGUGGAUAUGAAGGACAUGGAGAAGGCCCUGAAGGAACAAGACUAUAUUUUUGGGAACUACAUUGAGCGGCUCUGGGCCUACCUCACCAUUGAGCAGCUCCUGGAGAAACGCAAGAAUGCCCAGGGUGAAGAGAAAGAGAAACUUACAGCCCAGGCUCUGGACCUAUCCUUGAAGUAUCACUUUGUGACUCCAUUGACUUCCAUGGUGGUGACCAAGCCAGAGGAUGAUGAGAAUCAGACAGACAUCGCUGACAAACCUGGGGAAGAUGCAGAAGUUAGCUACCAGCCUCCUCAAAACCCCUACUACUAUGUGGAUGGGGAUCCCCACUUCAUCAUCCGAGUCUCCGAAAAGGAUGACGCCAUCUGCUUCAAUAUUGAUGAAGACCCAGGCACAGUGCUGCGUCUCAUUCAAGACCCGGUCACAGGUCUCACUGUUAAUGGGCAGAUCAUCGGAGACAAGAGAAACAGCCUUGACUCCAACACCAGAAAGACUUUCUUUGGGAAACUGGGCAUUUCCAGUACUCAGAUGGAUUUCCGCAUUGAGGUGACAACAGAGAAGAUCACCCUGUGGAAAGGGGCUGUGCCAACAAGUUUGAGCUGGCUAGAUACAGUCACGCUUGUGCAGGAUGGGCUGUCGGUGACAAUCAAUAGGAAGAAGAACAUGGUGAUUUCCUUUGGACGCGGAGUUAACUUUGUGGUUGUCCUGCACCAGGUGUGGAAGAAACAUCCAGUUCACCAAGAUUUUCUAGGCUUCUAUGUGCUAGAUAGUCACCGGAUGUCCACGCAGACACACGGGUUGCUGGGUCAGUUCUUCCACCCCUUUGACUUUGAAGUGUCUGACAUCCACCCAGGCUCUGACCCUACAAAACUAGAUGCCACAAUGGUGGUGAAGAACCACCAAAUGACCGUCACAAGGGGCUCCCAGAAAGACUACAGAAAAGACACCAGCAUGGGGGAGAAGGUCAACUGCUGGUUUGUCCACAACAAUGGAGAGGGGCUGAUUGAUGGUGUCCACACCGAUUAUAUAGUCUCCAAUCUGUUUGAGUAAACCUGCCAGCUUCUGUUGAGAUGGAGGGUCCAGUAUACCCAGGACACAAAGCGCAGAGCAAGGCUGUGGAAGCAGUGGUGACAAUAAAGUCUGAUGUGGGAACGAGCUA